UCCUCCUUGCGCGUCUCUUCACUAGUACACGCGUUUUCAGAGGAACGCGGGAACUAAUGCGCAAUUGCCCUGGCUGUUAAUGCCGUGUAAACUGUAAAGACAAGUUCGUUGACUGUCAUGUCAAACCAUUUUAGUUGCAGAGAAUACAACAGGAUCAGAGUCGAAGCAGAUCAGUGAAUGCAUGCCUUUGUGGCGGACGCCACUCACGGUCUCGAAGAAACAGCGUCCUUAGAGUUGUUCCCAUAUCAGUGGAGUUCCUCUCUCGAAACAACACGCAAAAUGGACAGGCUACUUGUUUGAAUGUUCUGUCCAACCUUCGACUGCACUACCACUUAACUAUGGAAAGCUGACAGCAAGAAGCUGUGAUAGUUCAAGAAAGAUAGAAAAAAAGGAAGAAUCUACCCUGAACCUACAAGAGAUAGUCAAAUAAAGCAUAAUUUCGACAAGCAGCUGUCUGGAGCAGUCAUGGCAGCCUAUGGACAAACGCAGUACAGUCCCGCUCUACAGCCUGCAGGGCCAUACUCAGCGUAUACACAUCACAACCAAGGCUAUGGCAUGCCUUACAACAUUAAAACAGAAGAUGGCCUGAGCCACUCGCCAGCACAGAACAGCCUCCUGGGCUACGCGUCCAACUUCAGCAACACGGCCCCGAGCCAGGCGCUGUACAGCUACUCCACGCAUGGAAGCAGUAUUUCUUCUGGAAUUUUCCAGGGAGCCAACGCAAUCACAGGUUCAACACCGUUCAGUCCAACCCAGCAGGACUUUUCAGCGUACACCACAUACAGCCAAAGCCAGUACUCCCCAUACUACAACACACACUACAACAGCCCGUACCUCACCGCCAGCAACAUCAGCCCCACAGCCCUGGCCUCGGCUCUGCCCUAUCAGCAUCCAGAGCACUCGGCCGUGUCCACCAAUCACAGUCCAGAGUCACACACAGGGGAAUACCAUCCCCCACCCAGCCCGCCAACUCCAGUGAAGGAUCACGAGGGGGUUCCUGCCAGACGGAAUUCAGACGGGAAACUGAGGGGCAGAAAGCGGGCCAGUGACCCCGCGCCCCCCCUCGACUCAGAUAUCGAGAGGGUGUUUAUCUGGGAUCUGGAUGAGACCAUCAUCAUUUUCCACUCUCUUCUCACUGGGACUUUCUCCACACGAUUUGGCAAGGACUCUGCCAAGGCUGUUUCGCUGGGGCUGUGGAUGGAGGAGAUGAUCUUUAACCUGGCUGAUUCUCGACUCUUCUUUAACGACCUUGAGGAAUGUGACCAGGUUCAUAUCGAUGAUGUGGCUUCAGACGACAAUGGACAGGAUCUAAGCACGUACAACUUUGGCACAGAUGGCUUCCAGAGCCCGACGGGCGGGGGCACGCUGUGCCUGGGCUCAGGUGUGCACGGCGGGGUCGACUGGAUGAGGAAGCUGGCCUUCCGCUACCGACGCGUCAAGGAGAUCUACAACACCUACAAGAACAACGUGGGAGGAUUAUUGGGAAGCCCUAAACGGGAGGAAUGGUUACAGCUGCGGCGGGAGAUGGAGGUUCUGACAGACCUGUGGCUCACCCAGGCGCUGAAGGCUCUCGCUCUAAUCAACUCCAGGCUCAACUGUGUGAAUGUGAUGGUCACCACUACACAGCUCAUUCCAGCCCUGUCUAAGGUCUUGCUAUAUGGCCUGGGUUCUGCUUUCCCCAUAGAGAACAUUUACAGUGCUACCAAAACAGGCAAAGAAAGCUGUUUUGAGCGCAUUACCCAACGGUUUGGUCGGCGUGCAGUGUAUGUAGUCAUAGGGGACGGAGUGGAGGAGGAGACCGUAGCCAAGAAGAAGAAUAUGCCUUUCUGGAGGGUGACAUGCCGAGCAGAUCUGGAGGCCCUAAGUCAUGCACUGGAGCUGGACUACCUCUAGGGGGCAGCAGCCGUUGGACACCCUGCCUCUACGCCUAUCCCAUAUCCCUAUGAACUGCAGUGGACCAACAUAGAUGUGGCCAGGCAACAUCAAUCACGAUCCAAAGCCAAGAAUAUGGGACCAAUCUUUAUCUCAGCAGGGAGUUGCAAUAUUACUGGAAAUGUAUUUGUUUCAGUUCAGUCCAAGAAAAAUACCCCCUUCUCCCUCACCAUAGACUCCUUUUUUUCCUUUUUCUUUUUUUAACUGCAGCACGUUGCACUGAAAAUAAAAGCCCUUCUCAGAUCUUUCAGUUCAUGGUUGGCGGUUAGAGUGUCACAUAGCAUGUUUAUUCUUUUUUCUAAUAAGUUUUGAGAAGAGAAUAACCAGAAAGUAAAAACAAGAAGAAACUGACCGUAAGCUGUAGUUUAUAUUAUUAGAUAACCCCAUUACAAAAACAUGAUUUGUUAGAGAUAUUACGAGAAUACUUAGAGAAUUGCUUUAUUAGGGGGGGGGGAAACACAGAGAUCUUCGAUGCCAGUAAUGUAGAUUAGAGGAAUGAUUUGGACACCUAUGAGAUUUAUAUGGGUUCUCUCAGUGUAAAUCAGUAAAAUAAGGGUUGUAUAUAGAGUAGCCAUUUUAAUGUAUUUAAAUUGAAUUACAUGUGACAAUCUGCUGGUAUACAGACUAUGUCUUAUCACACAAUAGUUGACAGAAAAGGUAUUAGAAAAUAAACAUGAUAAAUAAAUGGGCUGUAAAUAAAGCAUUUUUGUAUAAUAAAUACUAUUAUCAGUAACAAUGCUAAACUGCCCCAAACUACCCCAAAUGACACUGUUCGCAUUUACCGCCUGCAUUUCUUUGUUGAGGCACAGAAAAUAUGUGACACCAAUGUUAAAGAAAUCUUUUGAUAAUGACAGAAAUGACAUAAAUUGCAUCACACAACCCACUAUACUUAUUUUUAUGACCAUAACAGACCCUGUCCAUUUUACAAGGCAGGAUUCUUUACCUGUUUGACUAUUUCAGAACAGAACGUUUUUGAUGUAUAUUUCUUGUAUUGUUCCUUUUGAUUUCUGAGUGAGAGUUGAGAUAUAACCUGUGUGUUAUUAAAUGGUAUGAUCGUGUCUGGAUUUGCAUGUGUCCUAUACAUGAUCAGAUUAGCUAUGAUUUGUAUAUAAGGUUUUAUUGAUAAUUUGUUCUGAUGGGCAAUUAUUAUAGAAUAAUAAAAAAAUAAAUUA